AUGAUACUUUCUAAGGUUCUCGAUAACACUGAAUACGAUGCAUUUGCUGACGGGGAGAUUAAAAAGGUGUCUCUCCAGGACUACAAGGGAAAAUAUGUUGUGAUUGUCUUCUAUCCACUGGACUUCACAUUUGUAUGCCCUACAGAGAUUAACAUGUUCAGCGAUCUCAAGGAGGAAUUUUUGAAGAGAGAUGCAGCAGUUUUGUUUGUCUCCUGCGACUCUGUGUUCGUUCACAAGGCUUGGGCCUCCACUCCAAGAGAUAAGAGGGGCAUUUCAGGCGUCGCAUGGCCUAUGGUGGCGGAUCUAAAGCGUAAGCUCUGCAAUCAGUUUGGCAUGUUUGACGAGGAGAGUGGGCAUCCCAUGAGAGGCACAGUGAUACUUUCAAAGGACCAAAUUGUCAAGCACAUGAGCGUCAAUAGCCAUGAAGUUGGAAGGUCUGUAGAGGAGAUCCUCCGCUUGAUCGAUGCUUUCACCUUCAGCGAAGAGAAUGGAGAGGUAUGCCCCGUUGAAUGGAGAAAGAAGGUUAAAAACCAUUAA